GUUUUUUUGACUGUAAAACCUGAUUACAGACGCCAAAAUAGGACCGAUGCCGUCGACUUCCAAAUGCAAUUGGCCAAACCAGCCCAUUUCGGAGACCCUUGCCGUUCUACAACCCGUUGUGUCGCAACCCCGGUACUCCCAUCACCCCGGCACAAGAUUGCACAUUUACCAGGCCAUCUCGUGGGGCUUGUCACCCUUCCUCAAGCUGAAAGAGCUGGAGAGGUAAGAAGCCAGCAUGUCAACCUUCUUGAUGUUGGCAAUCAGAGCCUUGUCGAUGGCCUUCUGGUCGGCGGCACGGCUGCUGUUGACCUCCUUCUUCUGUAAAGAGCUGUCAGUGACGUGAUACUUUGCGAGUUCUGUUCUGGGCUUGUUGUAUCGUACCUGGGGCUUCUCUCCCUGCUUGAAGAAAGCCUCCUCACCAGCCUUCUCCUUGGCCUUCUCAGCAGUGAAGUACUUGGGCUGAGAGACCUCCUCGAUCUUCUUCUCGUCGAGACCGGAGAUGUCGACCUUGUAGGAGGUAGCGAUGACGUAUCGGGAGUUAACUCGUCGCAGAGGAACACCGUUGAUCUUGAAGGGGCCGGUGACGAGGAGGACACCCUGGUCGAGGGACUUCAGGAGAAUGACGCGCUUGCCACGGAAGCGGCCAGCGAGGAGGAUGAGGACAGUACCGGGCUGAAGGGACUUGCGAGGGGCCCAAGAUCGGACAGCCUUGCGGACCUGUGGUUUCAGCUGUUAGCAGGCUGGCACUCGGUUAUGCUGAAGAUUGCUCAGGCAGUUGCUAUAUGGAAAGGAAGUGCAGUCGUCAAUCGGUAUUUUGUCGCAGGCUUUGCAGAUCUGUGCGUUCGAUAUAUAUGGCAUUGGAAUUCGAAGUCUUUCGUCGUUCAAAGUAUGUUCUUGUUGCGAUGGCAGUCGGAUUGCCAGGGACCAAACUCAUUCUCUCAACUCCUCGGUUCCCAUAUCCAAACCGCGCACUCCAAAACACAACGCAACUGGUUGCAAGUGCAUCGCAAUCAUCACCAAAAGACUUACCUUCUUGUUCUCGGCAUCGUCGUCAGCGGGGUACCACUUCUUAGCCUUCUCCGAAGAGGCAGGAACCUCUCGGGUCGACUUUCCGAAUGUCUUGCUCGUGGGCUUCGCCGACAUUGUGACUCUCCUGGCUGGUUGACUUGGGGUUGGGUGAAAAGAGGAAGUGAAGUCGGUGGUGUUGAGGUGGUGUAGGCCCAAAAUGUAAAUUGUCUUUGUGGGCGAAGCCUAGAAAGUGUGGCGAACUGCCCAAUCAAAGCCGGGCCAAAUUCCCCACUGAAAGAGUCACGUGGCAGAGCUUCUUAGGGCAGGUUGUUGCCAAAAUUUUCUAGCGUGCCACUCAAUAACGAAAUACCUGAAGCCUUUUAGUUAGAAGUUGUUCAAGACCAACAAUGUACAAGCAUCACAUGAUAAAUUUACGUCUGAAUGGUAGAAGACUGAAGAAAAGGAACAUGCCAGAAGAUUUGCGUUUGCAGAUAAACUUGUUCCUGGCCUCCUUACCUUGCUUCUUAUUAACAAGCCGCGUCGUAGGUGACGGCAUAUGCGCUGGGCCAUCACCGUCUCUCAAUGACGGAUGAUCGAACUUGCGAGAAUAUGCUCCAUUCGCCUUGAAGCGUGUAGCCGAGUUUCUUGUCGUAGAUAAUAAAAGGUCUCCUGCAUGCCCAAGAAAUCCACGAUCUUGCUCUCGUUUUCUUUUCCUUAGCCGUUCUUUACAUGUCCUCUACCACAGUGCAUAACAUGCAAGCACGCAAGCAAAUAAUUGCAUCAACGCAGCGCAUUGCUGCUAGUGCCCGGACCCGACCCGUCCAACCACUUACACGGGUGCUAGCUACCCAACCUUUGAGACCAACUUCUCUACGAUUGAUUCCAAGUCUUGCUAUCAGGUCAUAUGCCAAUGGCCGUCCACACCCUCCUGGUGGCACUCACCGGAUGAACAUGGGUGGUGAAGAGGAGAAGCCUGCUCUGGAACAAUUUGGUAUCGACUUGACUGCCCGAGCCAAGGAUGGAAAGCUGGAUCCAGUUAUUGGAAGAGAUGCAGAGAUUCAGCGAACCAUUCAAAUCUUGUCAAGGCGAACCAAGAAUAAUCCUGUCCUGAUCGGUAACGCGGGUACUGGAAAGACAGCAAUUCUUGAGGGUCUUGCCCUCCGUAUUGUCCGAGGUGACGUCCCUGAGAGCAUCAAGAACAAGAGGGUCAUCAGCCUUGAUCUUGGCUCUCUCAUUGCCGGUGCUAAGUUCAGAGGAGAUUUCGAAGAGAGGUUAAAGAAGGUCUUGACAGAAGUGGAACAAGCUCAUGGAGAAGUUAUCCUUUUUAUUGAUGAAUUGCACACACUCCUCGGACUUGGGAAGGCUGAAGGCUCGAUUGAUGCCUCAAAUCUCCUGAAGCCUGCUUUGGCCCGUGGCGAACUUCAAUGCUGUGGUGCAACAACUCUCAACGAAUACCGUCAAAUCGAGAAGGACGUUGCGCUGGCUCGACGAUUCCAACCUAUCAUUGUUAGCGAGCCCUCUGUGGAAGAUACUAUCAGUAUUCUCCGAGGUAUCAAAGACAAAUACGAAGUUCACCAUGGUGUCCGCAUUACAGAUGGCGCUUUGGUUGCUGCUGCCACAUUAUCCAACCGCUACAUCACCGAUCGAUUUCUACCAGACAAGGCUAUUGACCUCAUGGAUGAAGCAGCCAGUCAUCUCAAACUGCAGCAUGAGUCAAAGCCCGAAGAUAUAAUGCGCCUUGAUCACAAGAUCAUGACCAUCCAGAUUGAACUUGAGAGUUUGAGGAAGGAGUCAGAUAUCGCGAGUAAGGAGAGGCGUGAGAAACUUGAAAGUGACCUCAAGAAGCUCAACGAGGAAAUAUCUGAGCUCAAUGCGCGCUGGGAGAAGGAGCGCGCUGAGAUCGAAUCAGUCAAGAAGGUCCAAGAAGACCUGGAUAAAGCUAAGUUUGAGCUUGAGCAGGCACAGAGAGAAGGGAACUUCGGCCGUGCCUCUGAGCUCAGGUUUGGUGUUAUUCCCAACCUCGAGAAGAAGUUGCCCAAGGAAGGAGAGGCUAAGGAAGCAAAGCCCAGCGAUACUCUGAUCCACGACUCUGUCAGCCCCGACGAUAUCGCCAAUGUCGUCUCCCGCAUCACAGGCAUCCCUGUUUCGAAGCUGACUUCCGGACACAUAGAGAAAUUGGUCCAUAUGGAAGAUUCCCUCCGCGAAGCAGUCAAGGGCCAAGAUGAAGCCAUCAAGGCAGUUUCCAAUGCCGUCCGUCUCCAACGAGCUGGCUUGAGUGGCGAGAACAAGCCACUGGCUUCCUUCUUCUUCCUGGGCCCUACUGGUGUGGGUAAGACAGAGCUGUGCAAGAAAUUGGCGGGUUUUCUGUUCUCGACCGAAUCUGCUGUUGUUCGCUUUGACAUGUCAGAAUUCCAAGAAAAACACACCAUUUCUCGACUUAUUGGUGCACCGUCCGGUUACGUCGGCUAUGAGGACGCUGGUCAACUGACCGAAGCUGUCCGCCGUAAGCCCUAUGCUGUGCUACUCUUUGACGAGUUUGAAAAGGCACACCGCGAUAUCUCCGCCCUCCUCCUUCAGGUCCUUGAUGAGGGCUACCUCACCGAUGCCCAAGGCCACAAGGUUGAUUUCAAGAACACCAUCAUCGUUCUGACGUCGAACUUGGGCGCUGAUAUACUUGUUGGCCAAAACCACCUUCACCCUUACAGCGAGACACCCGAUGGCGAGAUCGACCCAUCAGUCCGCAAGGCUGUCAUGGAUGUUGUCGCCUCGGCUUACCCACCCGAAUUCCUUAACCGAAUCGACUCUUUCAUUGUCUUCAAGCGUCUCGCCCGCAGCGCCAUCCGUGAUAUUGUCGACAUUCGCCUGAAGGAGCUCCAGCAGCGUCUUGACGACCGCCGCAUUAUCCUUUCCGUUCCCGAUAAUGUCAGAGACUGGCUUGCGGAACGUGGUUACGACCCCAAGUUCGGUGCUCGCCCCCUGAAUCGACUCAUUACCAACGAGAUUGGCAACGGCCUCGCUGACCAGAUCAUCAAAGGGCAGCUGAAGAUGGGCGAGACCGCUGAGGUUAAGAUUCGUGAAGACAAGGAGGGCUUGGAUAUCAUCGUCAAUUCUGAGGAUGCUUGAAUGACCUGAUUACGAAGGACUACCCAGGAUUCUUUUAAUGACUUAAUGUAUUUCAUGUCUAAUUCGGACAGUUUGUAUUAACAGAAGCGUAUAAGCAUUGUAGAAUGUAGCUAAACACCAAAUAAUGCAUAACCACUCAAUUGAGAUCAACCCAUCUCAAACCGCACUUAAGGAU